ACAGUUGCAUUGGUUGGCAGUCCAAAACAUACAGGUGAGAUGGUCGCAGAUCAUCUGUUUACCAUCCACGCGCGCUAUGCGUUGUGAAAUGGGUUCAAGUAAAUCAGUUUGUGUGUUUAUUUUAAGGUGUUUAUAAGUGUUUCUAAACAAUGACGUGAGGCAUCAUAGUGUUUGGCUGCUGUUUAGAACAUGGCAAAUAUAUGUGGCGAUGGUCUUGACCAGGAUAUGCAUAUGAACUGUGUUAAAGUAAACCCACACAAUAUAGAAAUCAGUUACAGUGAUAUAGCAGUGAAGCUGCUAAAGGACAAUUUAUUGUUGACUGCGUUAGAAUUGUAUACGGAACUUCUUGAGGCUGGACGGGAAGUUACGAAACUGAAGGAAUUUUUUUCGAACCCAGGAAACUUUGAACAGCAAGCUUACACAAAGCCUGACGUUGUAGAGAUACGCAGAUCAUCGAGUCAGGUAACUCUAGAUUCUCUGGAUAUAGGGCGUUAUUCAGAGGAUGGCGAAAGGGGUGUCGAUGAAAGAGUUGCAGUUCUGGAAUUUGAACUGCGAAAGGCCAAGGAGACAAUCAGUGCACUUAGAGCCAACUUGACGGUUGCUACAGAGUCUGAAGCAAACACGCCUGAGGGUUCGUCAGCGAACAGACAACUGCACAAUGAACCCAUUAAACCUCACGAGCAGAGAGCACUUAACUUCCUGUUGAAUGAAUAUUUGUUAACAUAUGGGUAUAAAUUGACAUCAAUUACAUUCUCUGACGAGAACGAAAAUCAGGAUUUUGAAGAUUGGGAUGAUGUAGGAUUGAAUAUUCCAAAACCAGCUGAACUGCUUCAGUUGUAUCGUGAGUUUAUGAGGCAGUCGGGCCAAAGGAAAGUGCUGUGCCAGAAUGUUGCCUGCCAAACUGAUGAACCUGACCUUGAGAAGGAAUCAAAACUACAAGACAUGGCAAUGGAAGUUGAACAACUUAAGGAGCAGUUAUCACUUAUGGACCAAGAAAAACAAGAGCUCCAAAGGCUGUGGACAAUAGACUCCAAAUUUGCAGCUGCAAAUGUAGAUGUUUCUAAUGUUACUACGCCAGGAUCUGAUCUGGCUGGAAUUCUAACUACCUCAACAUCCCAUAGUGGGACACCAGAGUGUUUUGAGAUCUUGGAUGUAGAAACUAAAGAUGACUGUAGUGCAUUGCAAGAUGAAGAUGAUGAGUUACCUAUCAGCCUUACCGACACCGAUGCUGAAUGGACUCGAGUUGGAAGCACUUGUGGUGCGGAACCUGCAGAAACCUCAAGCAGACUGCAAAAUGAGAUGGCUUCUUCCAGUGCUGAAGCUGAAUCAGAAACUAAAGUCCUUUUAGACACCAGUACUUCAAGGUCAUUACCACCUGCAUUUCGGAAGGAAGUGUUAGUGCGCUGUUUUGUGGAUACAUCAAAACAGCAUGAGAGCCUGCCAUUACUGGCAGAGAUACCGGAGAAAGACAAUUUAAGUGAUUAUUUACUUCCCGUGUUAGGACAGACAUUGCCACGUGUGAUACCAAACAUUAUUCUUAACAAACGUGAGGAAAUAAUACCUCUUAUAGUCAUGACAAUUCAGCUUCAUCCAGAGGCAGACAGUAGAGAUAAGUUGUUAAAUCUGUUGUUCAACCUGAAGAAGAAACCUAAUGAAGAAGAGAGGUUAACAAUUAUUGCAGGCAUGGUGGCAAUAGCACAGUGCUCAGGGCCAGCCCUUGUGGAGACAGAAGUGCUUCCUCAGUGUUGGGAGCAGCUGAGCCACAAACACAUUGAAAGGCGGCUUUUGGUUGUAGAAUCUUGUAGUGCACUGGCACCGUAUGUUUCUAGUUCCAUUCGUAACUCCUUAAUGCUUUCUAUGUUGCAACAAAUGCUGUUGGAGGAUAAAGAAGAAACAGUGAGAGAAAGUGUUGUACGAAGCUUAGCUCUGAUUAUAUUGCUUAUGGAUGAUAAAGAUAAAUAUUUUCAGUGUGAGGAGCUCUCAAUGACUGCAUUGGAUGAUCCAGCAGCAAGUGUGGUGGCUAGUACAACAAACAUCUUGUUUCCAGUCCUGGCACAGUGGUCACUGGACAUAGGACGACUACAUACACAUCUUCUCACCAGACUUCUUCAGCGGAUUCACAUCCAAGUGAAGAGCCCACCAAAUUCUCCAGGGACAGCAAUGCAAAAGAACGCAGAACAACGCCUUCUGUCCCCUGUAAUUGUUCUAAAGACUCUGGUGCCUUACAUUGUUAUGUCUGUAGUAGCAGUAAAACCAGUCUUAGAGACCUUAGAUACUCAGGCUGCGAGCUCAAUUCGGUCUCGUUCAUUUAGGGCAGGUCAUGCUUUAACCAACCCAACAACAUUUCUAGAUAGCAAGCAUGAAAUACCAAUGGUUUUGGGAGCAUUUGAUGCAUAUGUUGACCAAGAAUGGUAUGAAGAAUGGCCAGAACUAGAAUGGAUCUUUGCACAGAUGAUACCAGAAGUUUUAGAUAUUGUCCAAGGUAUGGAAACCAUGAGGGAUGAUAUUGUCGUUGGCUUUGUGAAGUUAUUUAGAGAUUUGUGCAAUGGAUUUGGCAGUUCUAUUAUAAGGCAGAAGGUUAAACCAUGCUUCAUUGAACGUGUACAGAAUAUAGAAGUAUCAUUAACCGAUAUUAGGAAUGGAAAUAUGUAUCCACCAUUAGCAAUUGUACCUGUUUAUAUUGUUGGAGUAUUAGCUCCUUUGAAGGAUGAAGAUCUGGCAAAAGUGCUGCAGCGGUUUGUAUGUGCCCUGCCAACAUGUGGAGCUCCCUUAACAUGUCUGGAAAUGAGUGUGCAUCUGCUAUGCGUGGGUGUCGGUGGAGAUGGGGGUCACUGCCGUGAUGAUGUUCUGGGAGCACUUUGGGAGGCAGUUGUACACCCUAGAGCUGCAGUAAGACGUGCAGCUGCUGCACUGUUUGCAUUAACUGUGCCAGCCAUUGGCGAGAAGCUGGUGGCUGCACGUGUAGUGCCAGCCCUUGUGACGCUGGGAAAUGACCAAGAUUUGGGAGUAAGGACUGCUACUAUUCCGGCUUGUGGAAAAGUUAUAACCAGUAUAGCAAUUAAGGAGAUCCAUGCCAAGGUAUAUCUCCAACUUCAGAGUAUAAUGGCAGAUGCAGGAACAAGAGAUAAUCACAGUUCACUGAUACAGCUUGUAAAAACAAUGGGUUCCAUUGUUACUGCAUGUGAACCAGCAUUUCGAGAUGAUGUAAUUUUGCCACAGUUAGCUGGAACCGCAGCUUUUGCUUCGCAACUGUCAAACGCAACUCGUCGUGUGGACUUGGCUAAGGCCCUAAUUGAAGCUUUUUCAUCUGCAGUGUCUUGCCCAUUGUCUAAACAGGCCAUAAGUACAGCUUUAUUACCAGGAUUGAGGUACUUGGAACCUAUCACUAAUACAGCCCUGUAUACGCAUCAUGAAACAGUUAUGGCAAUGAUACGAGGUGCAGAAUCACGUCUGGAUUCUCAAAGGCCCAUUGACAGGUCCAGUACCUUAAGCUUGGCAGUAGCAACUGCUAACAUGGGCCAAGGCAUGGAGGAUAUGAAAAAUCGUGUGUCAAAAAUAUUUCAGAAUAAACCUGCAACCAACCGAGCAGCUAAUAUACCCAACUUGCAAGGCAUUUUUCGUAAAAAGUGAAAGCUGUCGAGUGAAAAAUCUAUAAUGUGCCUUCAAUACUCUCAUAUAUUGCCAGAAAUGUAGGAGAGCAAUUUAAAUUUGCUCUUUAACAUGAUGUAGUAACUGAUUCUGUUUUGCAUAUCACUAACUUCCUUAGAUUUAACUCUCAUUAUAGCUCUCAAGAACAACCAAAUCCUGAGCUAUAAUGCAUCAUGAUGUAAAUUAUUUGUUGUGUGUCUUGGAGUGCAUUUGGAAAUAUUUUUGAUUCUUCUAUGAAAGAAGAAAGCACCUAAAACUAAGACUGAAGUAGAAUGUGUUGAGGUCAUACCACAGUUGAAAGAUAUUUUGACAAGUAAAUUGUGCAGUAAGUACGAACACGAAAAAGGUGAACUGUCACAUUAUAGUACAUCCAGUAAUACCAAAGUGAACACUUAUUUUCAAGUGUUUGGUUUUCAGAAUUAGUGAAGUGUGUGAGAUCACUGAGAAAUUGUCUGAUCAUUAGAUUGCUGUCAUAUUAUAUCAUUGGUUGAGGAACAACCGUUUUGCUGCUCUGUUCUAUUUCAAUCAACUGAUAUUUUGUACAUAAUGUUGACACACACAAACUGUGUAAACGAGUGGAAUAUGAUUCUGGAGAGAGUUUUAAUAAUAUAUACCCCUGCUGUGUGCAGACAAAUUUUUUGAUAGAAUCAGCAAACUAACUUCAACAUACUUAUAUUUUAUUAAAAAUUCAUUUGUUGAACAGCUUUUGUGUAAAAGAUGUGACACUUGACACAAAAUAAAUGUUAAAGUAUUGUUAUUCCAUCCAUUAUCAAAUAAAUCACAUAAUAUAUCUGCCACACCAAUGCUUAAAGUGUUAGUGGCACUGUAUUUUAUAAGAUUUAUACAGUAUUGUUACAUUCAUAAACAUUCACAGAAGUAGAAAAAUUAUAAAUAAAUA